AUGACGUCACAGGGCGUGUCAGGGCUCUUAUCGUGGCGGGGGCUCCAAGCGCUGCUUAGUCACGGCCCCCCCCGCCCCCCCCCGCCCCCGGGGCCGCGGCGUGGACCGCCUCUCCAUCACCCCCCAUCCCGCUGCCAUUCCAUCCGCUCUCCCACCAUGUCCUGCCCAUCCCUUCCACCCCCGGAGUGUCCCGCCGAGGUGACUCCAUCCCCGGGCUCCUCCUCGGCCGCUCCGUGCCGUUUCACGCUGUCCGAGCACCCGGUGGCCGCGCUGGCCGCCAUGAACGAGCUUCGCCUCCAGGGCCACCUGUGCGACGUGACCCUGCGGGUGCGGCACGGCCGGGACGUGGCACCCACCGAGCUUCGGGCUCACCGCGUGGUCCUGGCCGCCGCCAGCCCCGUGUUCCGGGCCAUGUUCACGGCGGGGCUUCGGGAGAGGGGCUUGGCCGAGGUGCCCAUCGAGGGCGUCCACCCGCGGGCCAUGGAGCGCCUGGUGGAGUUCGCCUACACGGCGGCCGUGGCCGUGGGCGAGCGCUGCGUGCUGCCGCUGCUGCACGGGGCCAUCAUGUACCAGGUGGACGCCGUGGUCAAGGCGUGCUGCUCUUUCCUGGGGGGGCAGCUGCACCCCAGCAACGCCAUCGGCAUCGCCGCGCUGGCCGAGCGCCUGGGCUGCGUGGAGCUGCAGGAGAAGGCACGGGAGUACAUCUACAUGAACUUCGCUGAGGUCUCCAAACAAGAAGAAUUCCUCUCCCUGUCCCACUGCCAGCUGGCCACGCUGCUGAGCCGCGACGAGCUGAACGUUCGCUGCGAGUCCGAGGUGUUCCAGGCGUGCGUGGCCUGGGUGCAGCAGGACAGGGGCGCCCGCUCCCCGUUCCUGCCGGCCCUGCUGCGCGCCGUGCGCUGCCACGCUCUCACCCCGCGCUUCCUGCGCGCUCAGCUCCGCCGCCGCCGCGACCUGGGCAGGGACGCCCUCCGUUACCUGGCCAGGGUUUUUCGUGACCUGGCUUUGCACAAACCCUCGGGGGAUCCACCCGUGAGGACCCCGAACGUGAGGCAGCUGAUUUACGCGGCCGGGGGUUACCUGAGGCGCUCGCUGAGCACGCUGGAGGCGUUCGACCCCGUGCGGGGCUCCUGGAUGAGGCUGGCGGAGCUGGAGACGCCGCGCUCGGGGCUGGGGGGUUGUGCCGUGGGGGGGUUGUUUUAUGCCGUGGGGGGUAGGAACAAUUCUCCCGAGGGGAACACGGACUCGGCGGCCGUGGAUUGCUACAACCCCGUCAGCGGGAGGUGGUCGCCCUGCGCCCCCAUGAGCGUGCCCCGGAAUCGUAUCGGGGUGGGAGUGAUCGACGGGCUGAUCUACGCCGUGGGGGGGUCCCAUGGGUGCACGCACCACUGCUCUGUGGAGAGGUACGAGCCCGAGCGGGACGAGUGGGCGCUGGUGGCGCCGAUGGGGACGAGGCGCAUCGGGGUGGGGGUGGCGGUGCUGAACCGGCUCCUCUACGCCGUGGGCGGCUUCGACGGCAGCGCCCGGCUGCGCUCGGCAGAGCGGUACCACCCCGAGAGGGACAGCUGGCAGCCCAUCCCCCCCAUGGCCACCGUCCGCAGCGGGGCAGGGGUGUGUGCCCUCGGGAACUGCCUGUACGCCAUGGGGGGGUACGAUGGGACGCAGCAGCUCAGCAGCACCGAGAGAUUCCAGGCGGACACCGAGACCUGGAGCUUCGUGGCACCCAUGGGGCACCGGAGGAGCGCGCUGGGGGUCACGGCCUUCCGGGGCAGGAUCUACGUGCUGGGGGGCUACGAUGGCCACUCCUUCCUGGAGUCAGUGGAGUGCUACGACCCCGAGGCCAACGCCUGGACCGAGGUGACACCGAUGCCAUCGGGGCGAAGCGGGCUGGGGGUGGCCGUGACCAUGGAGCCCUGCCACCCCCAGACCCCCCCCGAGGAUGAGGAGCCCCCCCCGGGCGGGCCCUGCUGACCCCGGUGCCGCCGGAGGGGGAGGGAAAAUCUCUGGGUGCAGCCCCGCACCUGAAAUUUUUUUUGAUUUUUAUUUUCCCAACCCACCCCCCCAAAAUCUAUCCCCCGCCGGCGGCGGAUCGAGGGGUGCAGGGGGUGGGGGGGUGGGUAAUGUCACAGAGACCCCGCCCUCCCCCCCACAAAAAAAAAAAAAAAAAGUGUCACAGGACUUUUGCUGCCUUGCCCUCCCCCCAAUUUCCCCACGUCUGGCCCAAGUUUUGGGAUUUUUUUGUUUGUUUGUUUGUUUUUUUGGACUGGUUUUGGUGAUUCACAGACCAAAUAAAGCCAUUUGUGGUUUAA